UGUGGAGCUCUCAGCAUUCGCUGGAAGAAAGGAGAGAAGUUUGCAUACACCACAGAACGAAAUUCAGCAAAGGAUAUGAUAACCAUGUGGAACGUUGUCUUCUUGGUCUACCUGUGGUUUGGGACCUUCGCUUCAGCUCAGCGCAGCCCCAUAAACGAUUACGAGCGUUUUAAAGGAGUGGAGCUUGUGCACCCGCAAGAAGAGUCCAGAAAGGAUGAGAUCAAAGCAGAAGUCCAUGUCUGUGCUAAACAGUGUUCGGAGCUCGUAGAGUGCAAAGCUUUUGAUUACAACUGGAACAGUCACAGUUGCCGCCUGCUCCCGUGGACGGAGCAUUCAGCCCGUGUCUCCCUGCUGAGAAAUGUGCAUUAUGAUUUGUAUCAGAAGAAAGACUAUGUUCGUGAUUGCAUUGUGGGGAAUGGUGAAACGUAUCGAGGUACGGUGUCUACAACCGCAAAGAAUAAAACCUGCCAGCAGUGGAGAGUGAAGUUCCCCCACGACCACAAGUAUACUCCAACAGCAAAAAAUGGACUGGAAGAAAACUACUGUCGGAAUCCGGACAAAGACUCUGGGGGACCAUGGUGUUAUACCACUGACAAAAACGUUAGACACCAGCUGUGUGGGAUCAAAAAGUGUGAGGAUGCUGUAUGCCUAUCCUGUAAUGGCGAGGAUUAUCGGGGGUCUGUGGAUCGGACAGAGUCUGGAAGGGAGUGUCAGCGAUGGGAUUUACAAAGUCCUCACAUGCAUCCUUAUAGACCAGAAAAAUACCCUGACAAAUUCCUGGAUGAUAAUUACUGCCGUAAUCCAGAUAGCUCCGAACGACCCUGGUGCUACACAACCGACCCUGAUGUGGAGUGGGAAUACUGCAAGAUAACUCCAUGCAUAGAGAAGCAGCGGGUAAUAGCUGCGAAUAAAACUCCCCACUGUUUCAAAGAGCGUGGUGAGGAUUACCGGGGCCGCGUAAAUGUGACCACGUCGGGAAUUCCGUGCCAGCCCUGGGAUUCCCAGACUCCUCACAAGCACCGGUUCUUACCUGAAAAAUACCCUUGCAAAGGCUUAGAUAAGAAUUAUUGCCGGAAUCCAGAUGGAUCAGAAGCUCCUUGGUGUUUCACCACAAACCCCAACAUGAGAGUGGCUUACUGCUUUCAAAUACACCGAUGUCCUGACGACAUAGGGCCCUCCGGUCCUGAGUGUUAUACCGACAACGGAGAGCUGUACGCUGGGAAAGUAAGCAAGACCAGAAAGGGAAUCCCUUGCCGUAACUGGAGUGAUAAACUGGAUGAACUGCAGAGCUUCUUAGAUCUCCCGUUCCCUGGAUAUCUGGAUAACAAUUACUGUCGAAACCCAGACAAGGACAGCCAUGGACCAUGGUGCUACACCAUGGACCCCAACACGCCAUUUGAUUAUUGUGCAAUCAAACAAUGUGGUGGAGAAAAGCCAUUGUCAUUAAAAAACGAUGCAAACAUAGAGUUUGAUUCCUGCGGCAAGAGGUCCGAAAGAGCUUUCUCGAAGGCACGCAUAGUUGGCGGUUUGCCUGGAAACUCUCCAUGGACGGUUAGUUUACGUAACAGGCAAGGCGACCAUUUUUGUGGAGGCUCAUUAGUGAAGGAGAACUGGGUGAUCAGCACACGGCAAUGUUUCUCUUCUUGUGAUGCUGACUUAUCCGGAUAUGAGGCUGUGAUGGGAACACUGUUUAAAAAUCCCUCCCCCCAGGAUCCUGACAAACAGUCUGUACCCAUCAGUAGGAUUGUGUGUGGACCCUCUGAUUCCAGUCUUGUGAUGCUGAAACUAGAGCGUCCGGUCACUCUGAAUUCUCGAGUGGCUGUAAUCUGCCUCCCUCCAGAGAGAUACAUUGUACCAGCUGAAACCAAGUGUGAGAUUGCAGGUUGGGGGGACACCCGAGGUACUGGGCACGACGGCGUAUUGAAGGUGGCACAUUUUCAAGUGAUGAGUAAUGAAGACUGCAGUUUGAUCAGCAGAACCAAGGUUCUAGACAAUGACAUCUGCACCAAACCAUUGCCCUUGGAGAUUGGAGCAUGUGAGGGAGAUUAUGGAGGUCCACUUGCCUGUCUGACCCAUGAAUGCUGGGUGUUGGAAGGCGUCAUUAUUCCAGCUCGAGGAUGUGGAAGGAAAAAACAGCCAGGCAUAUUUACUCGAGUUUCGGUGUAUGUGGACUGGAUUAAUAAAGUUUUGAAGAUGAUGUAAGCCAA